AAAAAUUAAAAAUAUCACGAACAAAAUUAAACUACAAGGCGAGUGAGUAGUAUGGUCUUGACGUAAGCAAAACUUUCCAGGCGAUUGGCUCUUUACCGAGCGACACGUGUCCACUAAAAUCCGACCUGUUUUAUUUCUUCAUGACUAAGCUUAAGUGGGACCCGCAUGGUGAUGUAAGCACAAAACACCCUUUCCCAAAAGCUAACCACCGGUCCACCACCAGUUAGUGCCGCCUGACUCAAAAGUUAACCCCAUGGUAUUAGUCAAUGACGAAAAUACCCUCGUGCGGGCCACAGAAACUGCCCACGGGUUUUGCUCUUAAAUACCGCUCUCAUAUCCUUCUAUUCUUCCCUUUUCCCCUUCUCUCCUCUCCCUCUCUUUAAAAAAAUUUCCGGCGAUGUUGUCCACUUUUCCGGCCACUCUUUCCGGCGACUCGUUCGUCGGAAACUUCCUCCCUUCUUUCGAACCCGGUUUUCCGAACUGGGAAUUCCACGAGCCUUCGUUUUUGUUUAAUGAUCAGGAACCGGUUCUCUUUAGCCCACACCCUUCCCAUGAACCGGUCACUUCGAACUCCGGUUCAGACGCGUCGAACCCGGCUCUGAGUCCCGAUUCGUGUGAAGCGAAUCAGAAUCAAAACUCCGGGUCGGACGACCGUAACCCGAAUCAUAAUAACUGUAAGAAGGUCGUAGACGAGAGAAAGCGUAGGCGCAUGCUGUCGAACCGGGAGUCGGCGCGCCGGUCCAGAAUGAGAAAACAGAAACACACGGAGAACUUGAGGAACCAAGCGAACCGGCUUAAGGCCGGGAACCGGGAACUAAUGAACCGGCUCCGGUUUGUUGUGCACCAAUCCCAAAUGGUCCGGUCGGAAAAUGAAUACCUCAUGUCGGAGGCGGCGGUUCUCCGGCAGAGACUUUGGGACAUACGCCAACUACUUCUCGUCCGCCACCUCCACCAGCAGCUCUUGAAUCCCUCCGCGUGAUCGAUCGCCAUGCACGCACUAAUUAAUAACGUCGGAAAAUUUAACGCGUUUCCAACGUCUUUAAUUACUACUUAAUUAAUUAUUAAUUAAUUAAUCACAAAAAAACUAUCAAGUAAUCAAAAAUGCAUGAACCCAACAACUCUCUCUCUCUCUCUUUAUCUAUAUAUAUAAAUAUAUAUAUAUAUAUAUCAUAUAUAUAUAUGAUGAGUGCUUGUGUAAAUUAAAGGUAGUAGAGCUAGUAAAAUCAGGGAUGAAUUUUAGGAUCGGACUGGUUUUGCAAACAAUGGUACCCGUUGUUUUUGGGCAAAACCAGAGGCGAAUUAUUUUGUAAUUAAAGAGUUUUUCAAAGUUUGGAGGUUGUGAAUAUUUAAUUAUUGUGUUACAUUUAUGAUUUAA